AAUGGCCGCCUAUAACUGGCAGCAGCAGUAACAAUGACCGUAGUGCGCGCGCCCUGCUGAUCUGUGCCUUUGUCAUCUUUCAUUCAUUUCAUCCACUCGUCCUUUAACAUAACCAUACAUUGUAAUAUAGUUGUACCUGACAUACAUAUAAACCUUUCAAAGCCACGGGAAUAAAUGAGAAUUUUUCUAUAUAAUUGUCCAAAGAUAUUAAAACACUCGAUUUUGUUACUGACUCAUUUUUAUUAGUAUUACAAAAACAAAUGUUAUUUGCCCACCUGCAUUCUGACAUCAUUCGUUUGUUUAGUCAGAGGAUCAUCGUGCACCAAAGUUCUUGUAUAAUGUGGGUGGAGUUAAGCUUAUAGAGAAUAAUUCUUUUUUUUCUUAAUUAAUUCGCAUUGUAUCAUGUUCGCGUUAUGGAUCUCAUUAAUUCUUGGGUGCCAAGUGUAUGCACAAAAUUAUACUGGAUGUCUGUGGGAUUCUGUAUUAAAUGAGGAUGUACCAUCACCUAGUUUGGGAUACACCGAUUCUAGCUCUAUGUGCAUUGAAGAAUGUCGCUUUCGUUACUACAUGUUCGCAGGUGUAAUGAAUGGUCAGCAAUGUUAUUGUAGCAGUAAAUUUCGUCCACACAGUCAAUCAGAUAAUUGUACUGUUAUUGAGGUACACGCUACUGGCCAAAAAGGACCUAGUCCACCAAGAGGAAUAAAAAUAGAUCGUAUUAAGCCUGAUACUCUUCGGAUUACAUGGGAACCACCUGAUAUACCAAAUGGAAAUCUUACAUCAUAUACCCUUCAUGCAAAGGCUAUUAAAACAUCAUACACGUUUGGUGUACUUCCUACAAUCGAGUACAAAGUUUUAGGUGGUUCAUCAAACAGUACUACUUUGGGAGGUCUUCAACCUGGAACAAAGUAUAAUAUAUCCAUCAUUGCUUCCAACACUGAAGACAGUGGUAGUCCAGGUUUUGCUAUCGAUUGGACUCCAAUAGGUCCUCCAAACAAACCAGCAACUCCAAAAGUAAUUGACAAAACCAAAAAUACAGUAACUGUUGAACUAACAGAAGGUACUAGCGAAUAUGGUCCUGUCAGUGCUUAUCAGGUAGUCGUAGUGCGACCAGGCACUAUACCACCGAUUGGAAGUGACGUAGUAUAUUCAGAUUAUGACAAAUCUAAUCGUGAUGGCUUAGGUUAUUACAUAACUGGAGAAUUCGAAGCAAGUGAUUUUUUCAAAUACAAAAGAUUUACAGUUGGUAAUGGAAAGAUGAUAGGAGGAUACCUCAAUGUUCCACUGAAAGCUGACAUGCAACUGCCGCAGAUAGGAUUAGUGGUUGUAUCCAGAGUUCGAGAUGAGGUACAGUACAGUUAUUCGAAUUUGACAAGCAGUCGGCAUCAUCUUCAAAAAGCAGACGAAUCUCAAAUGGAUAGCACUGCUAUUGCAUUAUGUGUAGCCAUUGCUCUGCUAGGAAUAUUAUUGAUCGCAUCUAUACUCGUUUAUUUUAUACUGAGACGUAGGCAUCGUAGGAGACACAUGAGAAAGCUUCCGGAGCAGCAAGAACUAACAUUGCAAGGUCCAGUCUACGAAGUGGACAAUAUGGCCUAUAUACCAGAAGACCUGCCAGAGAGAACAAACCAUUAUCAGGAACUAAAGAACAAACUAUGGAAUAUACCUAGAAACCUAUUAACAAUAGAUGCCAUGGUAAUACAAAGAGGCCGUUUUGGUACCGUGCACAUGGGAACCGUUCAUAAAGAUGGAACCCCGAUAAACGUAACUGUUCACAGUAUAGCAGACGGUUUGCUCAAAUCCUCUGAUAAGAAACUCAUGCUGCGAGAACUGGACGUCUGCAUUCGAGCAGCAAGUACAAAGUACCUGGCUGGUCUCGUUGGAACCUGCGAGAUACCAGACACCUUAUAUGUGGUUAUGGAAAUGCCACCGCAGACCCUGAAGAAUCGACUCCUGGCAGCAAGAUCCGGUGACGCAUUUCCGGUUGAAAAAAUGUUAACAAUUAGCGCAUCUGUGGCUUCCGCGUUACGUCACCUUGAGCACAAUAAGAUAGUUCACAAUCGUCUCUGCGCAAGAAGUGUAGGACUUUGCAGUGAUUGGAGUCCUAAGGUCAUGGGUCAUGGUAUAGCGAAGUACGCCCUGGAGGAUGUAAAGUACGCGCGAUGGACGGCUGUGGAGUGUUUUGAAAAUCAAAAGAAGCAUCAGCCAGGUGUUGUAUGGGCUUUUGGUGUGUUGCUAUGGGAAAUGCUGUCGAUGGGAGGAACGCCCUACGCUAAUCUCAACUUGGAGAGUGACGUAGAGGAAGCGAUAACACGGGGGGAACGUUUACCACAACUUUCGGACGUACCUGAUCCUCUUUACGAAGUGAUGCUUUCCUGCUGGCAAUAUGAUCCUCAAGAACGACCAACCUUCGAUGAACUGAUUCGAUUGGAUACGUUAAGCGUAUGUCCAAUCAGUUCCAUUACUGAACCAUACAUUCCGGAAUUGGAGUUAAAUUGACUGCAUAAAUUCUCAAGAACAUAGAUCUCUUACUGGAUCUCGUUUUCGUGCCAGGGUAAAAUUAUUUUCGCGCACAUUAAGACGCUCGUACUUAUGUAAUGUUGUUCAGUGAACAUUCACAGAACCGUCUGUGUAAAUGGAAUUUUUAUACAUAUUUCUAGACUCGAUAAAACGCACCAUGUGCAAAUUUAUCGGAGUUACGCCUGAGCAGCUAUCGGAUGUGUUUUAUCGUAUUUUGAACAUCAAAAUAUUAAUUUUAUAAGUUAUUUUUACAUAUUCUUUAUCUCAAGUAGUCAUCCGUGUAAGAUAUAUUAAUGACACUGUUGUACUUUCCGUCCACUUUUUAUAUGUUAAGGAAUAAUUUAAAGAUCAAGUAAGAUAUGAUCAAUGACAGCUACUGCAUCAUUUAUAAAAGAUAUCUUAAAUAAUUCAUCCAUUGCGACCAGUAUGAUUCAUUGAAUAAUUUAAAUACAUUCCAAACAUACAUUCCAUUCUCUUUUUAAGUAUUGUUUUAUUGCGUUUGACUUUUCAACUAUUUUUAUUGUCUCACGUGAUUUUUGAGAUGAAAAUUAUAAAAAAGAAGGCGAGUAGAAAUAUGUACAUUUCUUUGCGUAAAUAAUGUAUCAGCUUCGUAGAUGAUAUUACAUCUCAGAAUUACUUUGCUCUUUGUAGUGGCACUUAAUAAUUAUCAACAAAAUUACAUUAAGUAUUCAAGUACAAAUACAAAAUCAGUGAACCUAAGAAAGUGUAAGGAUUAUAUUCUUGGUACACAUUUGUAUAGCAUU